AUGGAUGCUUCUCGUUUUGAUUGGAUUCGCCAGAGGUUGGGCUUUGAUGGUUGUUGUCCUACCAAUGAUGGCCGCCUUGUUGUUUUUUACUCUAGUGAAUUUUCUUGUUCUAUUGUGUGUCAAUCUUCUCAGUAUUUGGCCCUCCGCGUGACGCACUCUCAGAUGAGUACUGAGGUGGUUGGGGUCUUUGUGCAUGCGGCCUGCUCAGUCAGUGACCGCCGCGAGCUUUGGGCGGACUUACGUGCUUUGCAGGUGUUGGGUCUUCCUCUUCUCUUUCAUGGUGACUUUAAUGAUUUGGACUUAACAGAUGUGGGAUUCUCUGGGAACCAGUUUACGUGGUGUAAUAAUCGUCAGGGUAGGGCGCGGGUCUGGAAGCGGUUGGAUCGAGUCCUGGUUGAUCGCGACUGGUUGGGUAGUGGUGUGGUGCCUUCGGUUCAUCACUUGGCGCGCACUGCUUCUGAUCAUUCUCCGUUGCUGGUUUCUUACUUGAUUUCAAGCUCGUCAUCUCCGAGGAGCUUCCGGUUCCAAGAUGUUUGGCUUCGGCAUGCUAGUUUUAAGGGCGUUGUUCAGGAGGCCUGGCUCUCUGGUAGCACUGGCCGACCGAUGCGACGCUUCUUGCAUAAGUUGAAGGCGGUUAAGGCGGCUUUGACUGUUUGGAACAAAAAUGUUUUCGGUAACGUGUUCGAUGCCGUAAAACAGGCCGAGGAGGAGGUUGCUCAGUUGGAGGCUGAGGCGGCGGCCCGACCAUCCCCGGAAGUGGACUUGUGGCUGGUGCAGGCUUCGUCGGUCUUGAAGGAAGCUUUGUUGCGUCAGGCCAUCUUCUGGCGGCAGAAAUCGAGGUUACGUUGGCUGAAGGAGGGAGAUGCCAAUUCUAAGUUUUUUCACUCUUAUGUGCGUCAACGCAGGGUAAAGGUUCGUAUUCAUCGGCUUCAGACUUCCUCUGGUGCGUGGACUGAUGAUGUAGGUUCUAUUCAUGCGAUGGCAGAGACUUUCUUCUCUGACUUGUUUACCCAGGGGCCACUGGAUCAGGUGACGGGGGAUGAAUUGUCUCGAAUCCCGACAAUUUUGUCGGAGGAUGAUAUUCUGGAUUUGGAACGGCUUCCUACUGCUGAGGAGGUUCGAGGGGCGGUCUUCUCUUUGGAUAGGGACAGUUGCUCAGGCCCGGACGGGUUCCCAGGGUCCUUUUAUCAGGCUUGCUGGGAUAUUAUAGGAGGGGACCUCUCAGAUGCAGUCGCGGAUUUCUUUGUUGGUGCUGAUCUCCCGUGUGGAAUUUCGGCCACUUUGUUGGCCUUGAUUCCUAAACAGUCGGCCCCUAAGACCUUCGCCGAUUUUAGGCCGAUUAGUCUCUGUAAUUUCUCGAACAAGAUUAUUUCCAAGAUUCUUGCGGCUCGGCUGGAAAAAGUUCUACCCCGACUCAUUUCCCCUCAGCAAAGUGGUUUUGUUAAGGGAAGGGCCAUUUCUGAUAACAUUCUGCUUGCUCAGGAGAUGAUUUCUAGGAUUGGGAGAAAGGUCCGGGGUUCUAAUGUGGUUUUGAAACUGGACAUGGCCAAGGCCUAUGACAGGGUAUCGUGGAUGUUUCUGCUAUCUGUUAUGCGGAAAUUCGGGUUUGGUGAGGUUUGGUUGGACAUGGUUUGGCAUUUGGUUUCCUCUUGUCAUUUUUCAGUGUUGAUCAAUGGUGGUCCGGUCGGGUUUUUUAGGUCCACUAGGGGUUUGCGGCAGGGUGAUCCGCUGUCUCCAGCGCUUUUCAUCAUUAUGGCGGAGUUCCUGUCCCGCGGUCUGGAGUCUCUUCCGCUCUCUAGUGGUUUCAUCCCUUAUUCGGUUCCUUCGGGAGGGUCCCCCCCUGUGCAUCUGGGGUAUGCGGACGACGUUAUUAUCUUUUGCAAUGGGGGGCGGGCUUCGGUGCGGAAGGUCAUGGGUGUUUUAACUGAUUAUCAGCGAGUGUCUGGUCAGCUGGUUAAUGCCUCGAAGAGUUGUUGUUUACUCUCUAAGAAGGUUUCUGGUCUUCGCAGUCGGAGGGUUGCGGAGGAAACGGGUUUUGCUCGUAAGUCUUUGCCUAUCACGUAUUUGGGGUGCCCCUUGUAUGAAGGUCGGCGAUCUAAGUCCUUGUUUGCUGGGAUCAUAGAUAAAGUUCAGGCUCGUUUGCUGUCCUGGCAGAAUCGGUGGCUUUCCAUGGGGGCGCGGCUGAUUCUUAUUCGGCAUGUGCUUACGUCCAUUCCAGUUCACUUGCUUGCAGUCUUGGAGCCCACUCGAGGGGCAAUUUGGGAGAUUGAGAGGAUGUUUGCGCGGUUUUUUUUGGGGGAUAACCAUUUUCACUGGUGUGGUUGGUCUAAGGUGUGUUUCCCUGUGGAGGAGGGGGGCCUAGGGGUUAGAUCUUUGCAGUCUAUUUCUAAGGCCUUCUCUUGUAAAUUGUGGUGGCGCUUUCAUCAACAGGACUCUCUGUGGGUGAGGUUUUUGUCUAGUUUGUACCUUCGGGGAGGUCAUCCUAAUCAGGUGGUGGUUGGUCCGCCGCGUUCGGCGAUUUGUCAGCGGUUGUUCCAAGUUCGUGAGCAGAUGGAAUUACAGAUCCGUUGGGACGUUUCUCUGGGAGAUUGUUAUUUCUGGUGGGAUAAUUGGAGCGGUUUGGGCCCCCUUGGCUGGCGGUUUCCAGACCUUUCUUCCGACCAGAAGGUUAGUGACUUUUGUGUUCAGGGGAGUUGGGACUGGGUUUGUCUCUCGUCUUUCCUUCCUACGGAGAUUUUGGAGGUGAUGGGGGAGACUUUUAUGUGUUUUGGGGAUCUGCCAGAUCAGCCUUGUUGGCAGUUGGCAUCCUCGGGCUCUUUCUCCACGGCCUCGGCUUACCAGCUGGUCCGUCGGGCUGGAGUGAAGUCUCUGGUCUUCCGGUCGCUGUGGGAUUCCUCCAUUCCACUUAAGGUUUCCUGUUUUGCAUGGCGUUUGUUUUCCGGUAGGUUGCCUUUGGAUGAUGUGUUACGUACUCGGUGCCGGUUUGCGGGGCCCUCCCAGUGCCCGUUGUGCUUGGCUGCUCAAGAGACGGCUGAUCAUUUGUUUUCCUCCUGCCUGGUGGCCCAGGCUGUCUGGUCAUUUUUUGAGUAUCGGUUGGGGAUUCCGAUGGCUUCUUGCGGCUAUCGGACUAGAUGUAUGACCUGGUGGUCUCAACCUGUGAGUAAGAUGUCGAUUUGGUGGUUGUACAGGAUUUUGUCAUUGAUCAUUCUUUGGUUUUUGUGGAAGACUUCGAAUAAAUGGCGCUUCGAUGGCAUUAAGUGGUAUGUCCAAACCUUGUGUUACUCUAUAUCUCAUGAGCUUUGGCUUAUUUGUUCUGUCAAGUUUCCUGGGCGUUCACUUCCGCCUGAAUUUGGGGGACUUGUGUCCGCCAUCUCGGGGAUCCAGCGCCCCUUAAGUUCUACUUUGGUUAGUUGGGAAUUCCCGCAGAAUGGGUUUGUCAAGCUUAAUACUGACGGGUCCUCCUCAUCUACGGCCGGUGCUAGUGGUAUUGGUGGGAUUCUCCGACGGUCCGAUGGAUCGUUCCUUGGAGCGUUUGCGGCCAAGUUACCGCUGGUGGACUCUUUGCAGGCGGAGGCGUAUGCAAUGCUUCAUGGACUCCAACUGUGCCAGCAGAUGGGUUUCUCCAUGGUCCAAGUUGAGUCUGACUCGCAGGUUUUGGUUCGUGUGGUGGCAGGGAGUUUUUCGAUUCCGUGGGCGGUACGGCCGCUGAUUAGAGCGAUUCGAGCAAUUUUGCCGUUGGGGGUUCGUCUCUCCCACUGUUUCCGGGAGGCGAAUACGGUUGCUGACUCUCUGGCUGCUGUGGGCGUUGCUUGUAGCGGGCACUUGGAUUAUCCCACUUUGUCUUCUCUUCCACGCUUGUCUAGGUCCUUCUUUGUUUUAGAUAGGGAGCAGCUCCUUGUUCUUUGGUUGUUUCUUAAUAAAAGGGCGUAUUGCCCGUCUGCCAGAUAUGAUUGGCAGUUUAAAAAAAAAAAAAUAGGGGACAAGGAGAACUACGUUGUAAAACUGAGGUUAAUCCAAGAGAGCAUGUUAAGGCUACUACUUUACAUAGCUGUAGAUUCCUUCCUAUGGAAAAUUUUAAAAGAAAUUAUGACCAAGAAGAGGAAGUUGGAAGAUUAUGAGACAAUUGCAUUGACUGAGGAGUGCAAUGCUAUCAUCCAGAAUAAAUUGCCACCUAAAUUGAAAUAUCCGAGAAGCUUCUUCAUCCCUUACACCAUUGGUAUGCAAGAGAAAGAGGUGGAAGAGAUGGCCAAGUACUUAGACGUUCAAGUACCUUACAAGAGAGGCAAUUCAUAUGAGAGCCUAGGAGUCAGUAAGGAACUUCCAUCACCAUCGGAGGAACAAGCGCCAAGGUUUGAAUUCAAGCCAUUUCCAAAACACCUUAAGUAUGCCUUCCUUAGAGAGAAUGAGACAUUGCCGGUAAUUGUGAAUGCUGAGUUGAAUAUGGAGCAACUUGAGAAGUUUCUUAGAGUUUUGAAGAAAUAUUUAAGGGCUAUAGGAUGGACUAUCUCCGAUAUUAAGGGUAUUAGCCCCAUGAUAUGCAUGCACUGA